GGUUACCGCUGUAAACAAAGCAGCGCUGUACUUCAAAAUACUAGGCUACUUGUUUAUACGGAGGGUGUAAGGGGGCAGGCAGAUGCAUGAAGGGCUGGUCCUGGUAUCUCAUGUCUAUAAGAGCAGAGCACUGGCCCUUACAUGAGCAUACAUCUCUGAGGGACAUACAGGUUGUUUCACACAGGCAAAGGAAGACAUCCGGACUUGGUUGAAAGAUGGGUUGGCAGAAGGCCAUGCUGGAUAAGCUUGCACACACUUUCCAGAUCCGCAACAAGCUACUGCGCCAGGGACUUGCUGAAUGCUUGGGGACUCUCAUCCUGGUGAUGUUUGGUUGUGGUGCGGUGGCCCAAAUGGUACUAAGUGGAGAAAGUCAUGGUCGCUUUCUCUCUGUAAACCUUGCUUUCGGGUUUGCUGCUACCCUUGGAAUCUUGGUUUGUGGCCAGGUGUCAGGCGGACAUUUAAAUCCAGCGGUUACAUUUGCUCUCUGCCUCUUGGGAAGAGAAAAAUGGAGAAAGUUCCCUGUGUACUUUCUGUUCCAAACAAUUGGAGCCUUCUUGGGUGCCGCAAUUAUCUUUGCUGAAUACCAUGGUACAUGUUAUGUAAUAUUAAUUCUCUUUCUUGACGAAACUGUAUAUUAUGUUUCUUCUUUUUCUUACACUUUUUUCUUAUUUUUUAUUUUAGAUGCAAUGUAUGAUUAUGCUGGAGAAAAAAAUGAGUUGCUUGUAACUGGGGAAAAAGCCACUGCUGGUAUUUUUGCUACGUACCCAAACCCACAUCUCACCAUCUUGAAUGGAUUUUUUGACCAGGUGAUAGGCACAGCAUCUCUGAUUGUCUGCAUCCUGGCCAUUGUGGACCCCUACAACAACCCAAUCCCUCAAGGUCUUGAGGCCUUCACGGUGGGAUUCAGCGUCCUUAUCAUUGGACUCUCCAUGGGCUUCAAUUCUGGUUAUGCUGUUAACCCAGCUAGGGAUUUCGGGCCUCGUCUUUUCACUGCCAUGGCUGGUUGGGGUGGUGAAGUCUUCACUACCAGACAGUGUUGGUUUUUGGUGCCCGUCUUCGCCCCCUUCCUGGGAUCCAUUAUUGGUGUGAUUGUGUACCAGCUGAUGGUGGGGUGGCAUGUGGAGGGAGAAGUACGGGACAAAAAGAAUAAAGCUAAGGAAGAGUCUUUGAAACUUAAUGAUGUCACCAGCAAGGAUUGAUCUACAUGAUCUCCAUCAGCAGUUCGCACCAUAAAUCCACAUAAACUUUCUGCUUUAAGUCUCUUAGUUCAAUAAAUAUGUCUUGUUCCACCUAAGGCUCCAUCUACAGAGGGGAUUCUGGUAGUCUUGCAGACCAUCAAAUGGACUUAAAAUAAAAUGCUGCAAAUGUCAAGAUUCCAAAGUUUUUAAAAAUUGUUUCUUUAGCAUGAUUCUUUUUUCUUCACACAUCCUCCAGAUUCCUCCUUUAAGGGAAAAAGGUGUUUCUUCAGCAACACGAAUUAUAUUAAUUCACUGUUUUUAAGUUUAGUAAAAUUUUAGUGUAGCAUCUAUCAAUAUUUACAAUAUUUCACACUUAUAUUACUGUUAUCCAAAUAUGUUGCCAUUCCUGUUGAGAAGGGUGAGUAGUUCUACAACAAAAAAAAAGUUAUAAUAGUUAAUUCUUUUUUUUCUUUUUUCUUUAUUUUUUGUAAAUACUUUGUAUUGUCAUCCUCAUUUAAAGUGUCCCCCCCCCCCCCUCUAUUACAUAGCAGGAAUUGCAACUGAACGUAAGCAUUUCAAGAAAACAUGUUACGGUCAAUAGCGUAGCAAUCCUGCAAUUGUAUAGCAAUACAGUCUUUAGGCUAUAUUCAUUUCAUCUUCUCAUGUGUCUGUUAAUGUCAUAACCAUUUUCAUUUUGUCAUCGAAUGUUUUGAAGCAAUGGAUUGUUAUCCUAAUAAAGUUUUUU